CACAGUUCCACAACCACACCAACAGAAGGCCUUAAUCAGCUAACCUUCUUCCUUUCUUCUUUCCCUUUUCCUCUUUUCUUGCGUCUCAAGCUUUCCCGGAGCGGUGGACGUGGAGGGCGGUGCCAUUGGCAGCGGCAUUGGUGCGUGUUUGUGCUAGUGCUGCGCUAGUGGCGUCACGCAAAAUGGCUUCCCAUUACUCCUCGGACGACGCCGUUCCACCCAUCAAUGCAACCGCCGUGGCUGUCGACAAGGACAAUAAGAACAGCAACUAUGCCGUCCGGUGGGCUAUUGAUCAUCUUGUAACCGCCGGCACCAAGCCGUACAUCAUCCUCAUCCAUGUCAAGCACAAAAACAAUCGUAGUUACGCAGAGAGUGAUGCUGAUUCGGGUGAUAAUAAUGGACGUGGUGUUUUUGUUCCUUACCGUGCAUAUUGCGCUCGUAAAGGGGCACGAGUGAAAGAGGUUAUCCUUGAUGACAGUGAUGUUGCAAAAGCACUUUUGGAAUAUGUCAAUUGCAACUACCUCAAUAUUAUUGUAGUUGGUGCAUCAACAAGGAAUGCUCUUACAAGGAAGUUUAAAAGUGGGAAUGAUGUGCCCAGCAGCAUUGUAAAAUUAGCGCCGGAAUUCUGUUCUGUAUACGUAAUUCAGAAAGGGAAGAUGUUGUCAACAAGAACUGCAAAGAGGCCAGUGGUUAAUACUGCAGUUCCACCAAAACAGCCAUCCUCCCAGGGACUUCCAUAUCAUAUCCCAGCAGAUAAUAAUGAAUUUGAAAACGGAGUUAGAGGACAGCCUGCAUUAAGGGGAGGGUGGAAGGUUCCAGGACCGGACAAAAUGCCUGCAGCGCGCGAGAGGACAAGGAGUGCUCCGAACAAUCUCUUGUUGGAUAUUAAUGUCGGCAUGGCUAACCAUACUGCAGCACGGUCUUCGCUUAGCAACCGCACUUCGAAUGCUGAUGAAAGUGACUUUUCAAUGCCAUUGUUUGGAUCAGUGGAUAUGACAAACCAAUGUUUCGACUUCUCUAGUGCAUUAAAUUCUCCCAAGGACUCAUCCAGACAUUCUGCACGGGAUAUGGAGGCUGAAAUGCGAAGAUUAAAGCUCGAAUUGAAGCAAACGAUGGACAUGUACAGCUCGGCCUGCAAAGAAGCAAUCUCGGCAAAAAAUAAGGCUAACGAGCUUAGUCAGUGGAUGCAGGAGGCGCGAAAGUUCGAGGAAGUGAAGCUUGCUGAACAGACGGCCCUUGCCGUUGUGGAAAUGGAGAAGGCUAAGUGCAAAGCAGCUAUAGAAGCAGCUGAGGCGUCGCAGAAGUUGGCGGAGAUGGAAGCUCAGAGAAGAAGACAGGCAGAGAUGAAGGCAAAGAAAGAGGCAGAAGAGAAGAACCGGGCGUUGAAUGCUUUGGCACAUAAUGAUCUCCGGUAUAGGAAGUACACCAUUGAAGAAAUUGAAGAAGCUACGGAAAAUUUUGAAUCAGCGAAUAAAAUUGGUGAGGGUGGAUAUGGACCUGUGUACAAAGGCAAACUCGAUCACACGCCGGUUGCUAUCAAAGUUUUGAGACCUGAUGCUUCUCAAGGGAGGAAGCAAUUCCAACAGGAGGUUGAGGUCCUGAGCUGCAUUAGAUAUCCUAACAUGGUUCUCCUCCUUGGUGCCUGCCCCGAAUUCGGAUGCCUAGUAUACGAAUACAUGGAAUACGGAAGCUUAGAAGAUCGGUUAUUUAGAAGAGGUAACACCCCCCCACUUUCGUGGAGGAGACGGUUCAAAAUAGCUGCUGAAAUUUCAACAACACUUCAUUUCCUUCACCAAGCAAAGCCGGAACCCCUUGUACACCGUGACCUAAAGCCAGCAAACAUCCUAUUAGACCGGAACUUUGUAAGCAAGAUCGGUGAUGUCGGGCUAGCACGCUUAGUUCCAGCAUCUGUAGCAGACGAGGUGACACAAUACCACUUGACUGCAGCCGCCGGAACAUUUUGUUACAUCGAUCCUGAGUACCAACAAACUGGCAUGUUAACAACAAAAUCGGAUAUAUACUCGUUGGGGAUAGUACUACUCCAAAUCAUCACAGCCAAGCCUGCCAUGGGACUUGCUCACCAUGUUAGGAGGUCCAUCGAGAAGGGAACAUUUUCGGAGAUGCUUGAUCCAGCAGUGACCGACUGGCCAAUUGAAGAGGCUCUAGCGUUUGCUAACUUGGCAUUACAAUGCACAGAGCUAAGGAAGAAGGACAGGCCCGACCUUGGCACAGUUGUAGUGCCAGAACUUAUCCGGUUAAGAGACUUUGGAAGGACUGGUGACACUACUCCUCCCGGGUUCAGUGAUAGUCCAACUCCAAGCUCUGUGUCGCGUCCUUCCACAUCAAGAACAUCAACUACAAGUAGUCAGGAGCCACUGAAUAAGAGUAGCUCCAGGGUCGGAGUUGAAACAGAGUGCCGAAGUACAAAGAAGACGAAGACAAUUCAAAAGCACCCGUUGACGCGAGGAACGAAGGGCCGGAAAGCUAGUUACAAUUGAAGAAGCUGAAGGAGUGUUUGUAGAUAAUAGGAAACUGAUACCAGAAAAAAGAAAAAGUUGAUAUUCUUAGGCUUCGUUCACUGAUUGGUUUAAGCUAAUCUUUGGUGGGUUUGUGAUUAGUAAAUCAUUGUUCUUU